AUGCGUCUCGAAUGUCGAUUUGCCAAACAACCCGACGUCGCAUCCGCAUACUUGGCCUUUAUGCGCGAGUACAUCGACCUCGGCCAUAUGGAGGUGGUUCCGGAGAGCGAGGCAACAAACCAGGCUUAUUAUGUGCCACAUCAGCCCGUUUUUAAAAGGGAUAGUGGCAAAAUUCAAGUCGUUUUUAACGGCUCUCAGAAAGACGCGGUGGGCGUCUCACUUAAUUCCAGGCUCCAUGCUGGUCCUAAGUUGCAGGAGGAUCUGUUGGUCGUGCUGUUGAGAUGGUGCUUCUUCCGGUGUGCAUUCAUCUGCAAUGUGAUAAAAAUGUUUUGCCAGAUGUUAAUACACCGGCAGGAUUUGGACUAG